AGAGAAUCAGAUUGAGAACAGCAUGCUCACUCCGUGUUUUAGCAUCUCUGAUGUCAAUAAAUGAAGCCUGAGGUAUUUUGACCCAUUACAGACAGAGCCUUAAUAGAAAAUCCAUAUCCCAAGAUGCAGUGGUGCAGGUGGGCCGGCGGUUGGAGAUCACACCUACCAAGACAGUCUGCAGGACCAGAGAUUGAGGACUCUUUUGACUUUCUUUUUAAAAUCAUCCUGAUCGGAGACUCUGAUGUGGGGAAGACGUGUGUGGUCCAGAGAUUCAAAUCUGGCAUUUUCAUUGAAAAGCAGCAAAACACCAUCGGGGUUGACUUUACUGUUCGUACCCUAGACAUUGAUGGCAAGAAAGUGAAGAUGCAGGUGUGGGACACGGCUGGACAGGAGCGUUUCCGCACCAUAACUCAGAGCUACUACCGCAGCGCUCAUGGGGCGAUGGUCACCUAUGACAUCACACGUCGCCCCACAUUUGAAUCUGUUACCCACUGGAUACAGGAGGUGGAGCAGUAUGGAGCUGCCAGUGUUGUUGUGAUACUCAUAGGGAACAAGUCAGACCUCCAUGAUCAGAGGCAGGUGUUGUUUGAGGACGCGUGCACUCUGGCAGAAAACAAAAGUGUCCUCGCUGCUCUAGAAACCUCGGCUAAGGAGGCCCAGAACGUGGAGGCAGCCUUUAACCUCAUGGCCCGGGAGCUGCUGGCACGCAAUGGCAUGACCAUCAUGGACGAGUCUUCUCAAGAACCAUCUCAAUUCAUGCUGCGCAACAGUUCUCACCCAGUCCAUGGUAUUAUGUCUUCAGAUAAGAAGUGCGGGUGCUGAGCAGACUCGAAGACACAUAAAGUUUCUCC